AUGAGCGCUGAAUCCCCUAUCAAUCCAAUCAUACCGGGCUUUGCCCCAGACCCCUCGCUGGUGCUAGUCGACGAUACGUAUUUCCUCGUAAACUCAACGUUCCACCUAUUCCCUGGUCUCCCCAUUUACACGUCGCGAGACCUAGUCCACUGGCACCAAAUAGGCAACGCCAUCAACCGGUCUUCGCAGCUCAGUUUCUCCAAGGCCUCUACCCUCAUCCACGGUAUCGGCAACAACGACCACUUGUAUGCCACAGGCGGAUUGUAUGCUCCGACGCUACGCCACCACAACGGCACAUUCUACAUUGUGUGCACGAAUGUGGUGAACCAUGGGAAAGAGUAUGGAAAAGAAAGCGAGACGCAGAACUUUAUCAUUUCCAGCACCGACAUUUACGCCAACAAGUGGAGCGACCCCGUGUAUUUUGACUUUGACGGCAUAGACCCGAGUCUCUUCUUUGACCCACACUCGGGAAAGGCGUAUCUCUGCGGCUCCAAGUCGCCUGGACCAGAGACCAAAAUCACCCUGUUUGAAAUCGACGUUGCGACGGGCAAGAAGCUCAGCGACGAGAAGCAGCUCUGGCACGGGACCGGCGGUAUCUACCCGGAAGGACCGCAUAUCUACCUGCGCAAUGACUUCUACUACCUGAUGAUUGCCGAAGGCGGCACACACGAGGGUCACGCCGUGACAAUGGCGCGUAGCAAGAGCCUGGAUGGGCCGUGGGAACCGAGUCCUCUGAACCCGAUUCUCAGCGCAGCUGGUACAAACGAGUAUGUGCAGUGUACCGGGCACUGCGAGGCGUUUGAAGCCAAAGACGGGCAGUGGUGGGGAGUCUGUCUGGGCAUCCGGAUGCGCGAAAAGGAGCUCUAUGGAUUGGGCCGCGAGACGUUUCUUACAAAGGCUUCUUGGACUUCCGACGGCUGGCUCAAGUUUGACCGUGCGAGCAUGCUCCUGCAACAUGCGAGUCUGCCUCCUGUCGACGCUACAAAGAAACUUACCGCCGCGCCCCACGCAGACUUCCUGUAUAUCCAUGAUCCUGUUCUGGAAAACUACAAAAUCGCUUCCGAUGCUGUGACUCUGACAGCCUCACCUCAUGAUCUCGCUUCCGCCAACGCUUCGCCCUCGUUCGUCGGGAAGCGCCAGCGUCGCAUGCAGGGAACAAGCACAGCGACAUUGCUCGUGCCGCCGUCUGCUUCCACAAAGUUAACAGCAGGCAUAGCAGUCUACAAAGACGAGCACCGCUUCCUCUCCCUCUCCUACACCGCUUCGCCCACCACACCUGCACUAACGCUGCACGUCGUCAACACAGCAAAAGGCAUAAACCGCAGCCAAACAUCUCCUCUGGAAAGGCCGCCCACGAGCAUAGAAUUCACAAUCAGCUACUCGGAAACACGGUAUCAGGUUUUCUACCAAACAGCGGGUGCGGUGCAGGGCCAGCGCACGCAGGUGGGGCCUGUGGAUGCACUGGAGAUCAGUGGAAAGGACUUUGUUGGGCCCGUGGUCGGACUUUUCGCAGUGGGGGAGCACGUGGAGGUUGCGUUUGAGAGCUUCGAUGUGCAUGGUGCGUGA